GACGAGAGGCUGAGGAGUCCUGAUCCAGCUCCACUUCCUCUGCGAUCACUUGCUUGUAUGUGCUGUGUCAGUUGCAGCGACGAGCCUUGUCCUCUGCCUUCCGAGGAGAAGAGCAAAGAAGAGCAGCGGUGCAGUGGCGCCAUGGAGGUCGAAGCAGAACCUUCCUACAACUAUGGCUUUCUCCCUACAUUCAGGCACCAGCCCUAUGGCCCCCCUCCUCCACAUCCACCAGAAGGGGAACUGUGGGAGUACUUUCCUUGCCCUUUCUGUUACAUCGAGGUCGAAAUACCCUUCAUCCCUAACCAUCUGCAGGAGGAGCAUUGCUUCGACACCAGAAAUGCUGUUUGCCCGAUAUGCGCGGAGAACCUAGGGAAAGACAUGUCUGCCCAUUUCAGAUUCCAACACUCCCAUCUUCUCAAGAGGAGGAAGCCUUCCAGGCACAGCAUCUCACCAUGGCCAGCAGCGCCUGGCAAGGAACCAUACGAAGAAAGAAACCCCUACAUGAUGAGCAGGCCACGCCAAGACCCUGAGCCUGACCAACUACUUUCCCAGUUCAUCUGCGGCGGCGGCAAUGAACAAUCCGAACUAGAGUCUCACGGUGGAGCAAGCAGUCACAUGAGUGUUCGUUCCGCAGCAAUCUCAGAUGCUCAGAGGCUGAGCUAUCGUGUGAGCCAGGUGGAACUGGAAGAGAGGCUGCAGAGGAUCGAGUUUCUAAGGGAGAUAAUCGCAUCAACGAUCCUUUAAUCUUCAGUUGUGUUGGUUUGUUGAGCCUAUAAUUUUGUGGUUACAGCUGGACUUUAAUCUUAAGUAUACAUCAGAGUUGUGUUGGUUUGCUGAGCCUAUAAUUUUGUGGUUACAGCUUGACUUUAAUCUUGAGUAUACAUCAGUACGAAUGUUGCA